UUGGAUGAUGAAGGCACCUCCUUCAAUAGAAGGGGAGCUUGGGGCGUGACAGCUGACCGAGAUCAGUCGCGCUCCGGACGUCGUACCGGCAGCAUCUCCAGCAUGGCGUACGAGGACACCUGCGGCGGAGACAUCACGCAGGUCAACCACACGCAGUACACAUGCACCGUCAACCCUCGGAACAUUAAGAUACAACCGACCUCACCCGCACCCAGCCCCGAGUACUACCGACCGGAGACACCAGACGUUAAACCUAUUAUAGAUGAUGAAAAACGGAAUCUAGCCUUCUCAAUCAAUAACAUACUACGGCCAGAAUUCGGUGUGAACGCUUUAAGGAACUCCAAGAAGAUAGAAGGACCAAAACCAUUGGGACCGAACCACAGCAUCCUAUACAAGCCGUACGACAUAAAUAAAGAUAUAACCAAAUACGGUUACGAUUAUGUUAAGACGAAAGAAGAUUUUAACUUACCGCCGCUUGGAGGGUUGAAACAGACCGUAUCUAACAUCGGAGAGAGAGAAAAAGAUAAGGAUACGAAGGUUCUAGAACAGAAAAGACCAGAUUCUGCCAGUUCGAUAGUAUCAUCAACUUCAAGUGGAGCCAUCUCCUGCGGCAGUACAGAUAACUCACAAAGUUCACAACUAUGGCCAGCUUGGGUCUAUUGUACGAGAUACAGUGACAGACCUAGUUCAGGUCCUAGGAGUAGACGCGUGAAGAAGAAGGCCAGCCCUGAGGAGAAAAGACCAAGAACUGCUUUUAGUGCUUCUCAAUUGACGAGAUUAAAGCACGAGUUCGCCGAGAACCGCUACCUGACUGAGAGGAGGAGGCAGGCCCUGGCUGCGGAGCUGGGCCUGGCUGAGGCGCAGAUCAAGAUCUGGUUCCAGAACAAGCGGGCCAAGAUCAAGAAGGCCUCGGGCCAGAGGAACCCGCUGGCGCUGCAACUCAUGGCGCAGGGGUUGUACAACCACGCGACGGUCACUGAGAGCGAGGAUGAAGAAAUUAGCGUUACAUAA